AACACUAGUCCAAUUCCUUUGAGCGUAGCUGUCAAAAAUGAAAUCGCCAAAGUUUUUGUUGCUGUCGUAAAAAUUAUAUCGGAACGGGUGUGUAACUGGAAGAAAAACUUUAAUCAUCGAUAACAAUCAUGACCGACUCCAAGUAUUUCACAACCACCAAAAAAGGUGAAAUAUUCGAAUUGAAAUCAGAAUUGAACAAUGACAAAAAGGAAAAGAAGAAAGAGGCGGUCAAGAAGGUCAUCGCCAGCAUGACCGUUGGAAAGGACGUGUCUGCCCUGUUUCCCGACGUUGUCAACUGUAUGCAAACGGACAAUUUGGAAUUGAAGAAAUUGGUCUAUUUGUAUUUGAUGAAUUAUGCUAAAUCGCAACCGGAUAUGGCAAUCAUGGCGGUGAACACAUUUGUUAAGGAUUUGCCCUCUUCGCAACUUCUGAAGGACUGCGAGGAUUCGAAUCCGUUAAUCCGAGCAUUAGCCGUACGCACCAUGGGCUGCAUUCGAGUCGAUAAGAUCACCGAAUAUUUAUGCGAACCACUUCGCAAGUGCUUGAAAGACGAGGAUCCGUAUGUUCGCAAAACGGCUGCUGUUUGUGUGGCUAAACUUUACGACAUCUCAUCAUCGAUGGUUGAAGAUCAGGGCUUUUUAGAUCAGUUGAAGGAUCUACUGUCGGACUCGAAUCCAAUGGUCGUUGCAAAUGCUGUUGCCGCUCUCAGUGAGAUCAAUGAAGCCAGUCAAUCCGGCCAGCCACUGGUCGAAAUGAAUUCAGCGACAAUCAACAAACUACUGACAGCCUUGAACGAAUGCACCGAAUGGGGUCAAGUGUUCAUUUUGGAUUCGUUGGCCAAUUACAGUCCGAAAGAUGAACGAGAAGCCCAAUCGAUUUGCGAACGAAUUACGCCUCGUUUAGCACAUGCGAACGCAGCAGUUGUGUUAAGCGCCGUCAAGGUUUUAAUGAAAUUGUUGGAAAUGUUGUCCAGCGACAGUGACUUUUGUGCUACUCUCACCAAGAAACUUGCACCACCUUUGGUUACAUUGUUGUCGUCUGAGCCGGAAGUUCAAUACGUUGCUCUGAGAAACAUCAACCUAAUCGUUCAGAAACGGCCCGACAUACUGAAGCACGAAAUGAAAGUAUUCUUUGUCAAGUACAAUGAUCCGAUCUACGUGAAACUGGAGAAGCUGGACAUCAUGAUCCGUUUGGCCAACCAGAGCAAUAUCGCUCAAGUGCUCAGUGAAUUAAAGGAAUAUGCAACUGAGGUGGACGUAGAUUUCGUUCGUAAGGCUGUGCGAGCCAUAGGACGAUGUGCAAUCAAAGUAGAACCGUCGGCUGAACGGUGUGUUUCGACAUUGUUAGAUUUGAUCCAGACAAAGGUUAACUAUGUGGUACAGGAAGCCAUUGUUGUCAUCAAAGACAUUUUCCGCAAAUAUCCCAACAAAUACGAGAGCAUCAUCAGCACUUUAUGCGAGAAUUUGGAUACAUUAGAUGAACCGGAAGCUCGUGCGUCCAUGGUUUGGAUUAUUGGGGAAUAUGCUGAGCGUAUCGACAAUGCGGACGAAUUACUGGACAGUUUCUUGGAAGGUUUCCAAGACGAAAAUGCACAGGUCCAAUUGCAGCUACUGACUGCAGUGGUUAAGCUAUUCUUGAAACGGCCAUCCGACACACAAGAACUCGUCCAGCACGUUCUAUCAUUGGCCACACAGGAUUCAGAUAAUCCAGAUUUACGUGACAGAGGUUUCAUCUAUUGGCGUCUAUUGUCUACCGAUCCAGCUGCAGCAAAAGAAGUGGUCUUGGCCGACAAGCCAUUGAUUUCCGAGGAAACUGAUUUGUUGGAGCCAACAUUGCUUGACGAAUUGAUCUGCCAUAUCAGUUCGUUGGCGAGUGUGUACCAUAAGCCGCCAACGGCUUUCGUCGAGGGUCGUACAGCUGGCAUUCGAAAAUCAUUACCGAACCGAGGAGCAUCCAACGAAAACGAUUCGCAUGCAGCUAACAACAAUGAGGCAACUGUUAUACCGAAUCAGGACUCUCUAAUUGGCGAUCUACUUUCUAUGGACAUUGGUGCGCCCGUUGCACCGGUUGCAUCUGCUCCAACAUCGAGUAAUAUCGAUUUGCUUGGUGGAGGAUUGGAUAUGUUGCUUAACGUCGGUGGUCCGUCAGAUAUGUCAGCAGUUGGCGCUGGCGGUGGUUUGUUGGGUGAUAUAUUCGGACUAACAACCUCGUCGUCAAGUACCGUUUCAUUGCCGAAAGUGAUUUGGCUGCCAGCCGAAAAGGGCAAAGGAUUGGAAGUAUCCGGAACAUUUUCACGGCGUAACGGUCAGGUGUCAAUGGAUAUGACAUUCACAAACAAAGCGAUGCAGGCCAUGUCCGGCUUUGCAAUUCAGUUGAAUAAAAACAGUUUCGGACUGUCUCCUGCUGCUCCACUACAAGUCGGUCAAUUGCAACCAUCUCAGUCGAUAGAUGCGUCGUUGAUUCUUAGCACAACCGGUCAAAUUCAACGAAUGGAACCACUCAACAAUUUACAGGUUGCCAUCAAAAACAACGUCGACAUUUUCUACUUCGCUUGCCUCGUUCACGCCAAUUCUCUGUUCAUCGAAGACGGCCAACUGGAUAAACGAGUAUUUCUGACCACAUGGAAAGAGAUUCCCGCUGCCAACGAGGUUCAGUACAAUUUGAAUGGUGUCGGCGGGACGGCCGAUAGUUUGGCUGCCAAAAUGACGGCAAACAAUAUUUUCACCAUCGCCAAGCGUAAUGUGGAAGGACAAGACAUGCUAUACCAAUCGCUCAAGUUGACGAACAACAUUUGGGUGUUGUUGGAAUUGAAACUGCAACCGGGCAAUCCGGACGCAACGCUUAGUUUGAAAACACGAUCGGUCGAAGUGGCUGCUAUGGUCUUUGCGUCCUAUGAAGCCAUUGUACGCUCACCUUGAAUUCCAGUGAAUCCAUGAAAAUUAUGCGAUGCAUGCGUGCCGUAGGCAGUAUUUUCUUUUCUUUAUUUGUCAGAAACUAUUCGUAGAAUAUAAUCCAGAGUAUGAUAUGUAAUCUCCACGUACAACAAGAAGUAUAAAUAAUAAAGACAAUUGUUAAAUAUA